GUUUGACUAGAGCGCCUCAGUUAUCAGACUGCACUGAUCUGGGUCGGGGGGAGAGAAGAGAGCACAAAAAAAAGCAGAGGAAACGAGAGAAGAGCGAGAAGAAAGAGGAGAGGAGAAGAGAAGGGUGGGAGGGCUUUUCUCUUUUUGUUUUUCUUUCUUUCCCUCUAUCCUCGGGACUCCAGCAGCAGGACAGGGGAGUUUGUGUGACUCUGAACACACCAGAGCCAUUUACUUCAGCUCUCCUUCGCCUUUCCUGCUUUUUUACUUCUUCUUCUUCAGAGUGAAAGUCUAGACUGAGGCAAGUGUAAGUGAGUGGCCAUUUGUGCUGGACAAGGAUGGCUUUUUCCUGGUGUCUCUGCCUGGCCGUGGCUCUGUCUUCUGGUCCCGGCACCAUCCAUGCCCUGGCACCUGAAAAUGAAGUGACGUUACACCCCACAACAUGGCUGAGUGAGAACAGGGUCAUGCCGGUGCAUCUGCCUAAAGGACGAGCUCGCAGGCUGUAUUUCACACUAAAGAAGAAAGCUGAUUCGCUGUCUGUUACUGUAAGCCCAUGUGCGGUGCCCAUCGAAUGGAAUCUGGCAGUUCGAACCCUGAAGGAUAAACCACCUAAGAAAGCACACUGGAGCUCCAAGAAGAGUAUGCCUGAGGUUUGGUGGAAAGGUUCUGGAAGAGAAGUUAGGAUUUACAGCUACACUGGCAUUGCCGUAGACACCUACACAGGUCCCGCCUACACUCCAGCAUCCAUCUACAUCCUGAGGUUGAAGUCAAACGAGCAGGACACGCAAGUUUCGGUCUACCUCCAUGAAGGUCCUGGUCCCUCAGGAGCUUUUCCAGAGCUGCCAUCGGAUCCCAGAGUGCACACAUUAGGGGUGGGCAUGACCAGUGUCACCUUGAACUGGGCUCCGAGCUCAUCGGUAGUUGUUAAAGAUGGUCACAGACCACAUCAGGAGUACUGCGUCUUAGUUAACCACAAACACAACUACCGAAGUCUAUGCGCUGCUCGUGAGGGAAUCCGAAAGGAGAUACAGAGUGUGCAGAAGAGACAGAGGAGAGAUAAACAAAGCAAAGAGAUUGUAUGGGCAACACUUAAAGACUGGUGGUGGAGGCAGCCGGAUACCAUUAAGAAUCGUGAAUCAUCUGACAAGUUUGAGGACCCUGGAUGUGUUUGCAGGGAUGUUGAAAGUGUGUGCACGGUUUCAGACCUGCUUCCGGAUACACAGUACUAUUUUGAUGUGUUUGUAGUGGACAGGGUUAAUGGCACAAGUGCGGCCUACACUGGCACAUUUGCCCGCACACAUGAGGAGGCCCGUCCUGCUGUCACAACCUUAAGGGAAAACCAGGUCAAAUGGGUUACGCUAAGCGGGGACGCAAGCAGCCUACAUGUGGACCAGUUCCGAUUCAAACCUCGUGGGUGGCAACAAAAUGGCCUGCUUACUUUGCACACCUGCAAUGGGACUAGUAAAGUUAUAGCCACAGUCUCUGGUAAAGGACAGAUUUUGACGUCUCAAGAGGUGGGACACCAGCUGGCCCAAAUAUGGUUGCAUGGUGCCUCGUCAUAUCUCAUUCAGCUCCAGGCCUUGGCUCCAGGUUCCUCAUUAACAAACCCUAAAGGUGAUUCAGGCAAGUCCAAAUUCUGUCUCAAAAUGCAGGCAUCAUCUGCAUACCACCGCCGAGCAGUACCUGUGUUUCCCAAUACAUUACAGAUUAAGUCUUUCAACAAGUUGCGAACCUGCAAUUCAGUCACUCUAGCCUGGAUGGGAACCGAAGAACGGAGUCUCUACUGCGUUUACAGAAGACAGAUCCCACUUAACAGCAAACACACCUCAACAGAUCGCUGCGUUGACCCAGAGUCGCGUCCUGCCAAUGAAAGAGUCCUCUGUAAGUAUUUCCAAGAGUUGAAUCCACGUCGGGCAGUCACAACAGCAGUGAUUGGUGAACUGGAACCAGGGUUGCUAUAUGUGUUUGACGUCUACCUUAUGAGACGCUGGGGACUUCCAAUUAAGUACCACAGCAAGACGGUGAGAACCAGAAAUGAAUGUUGAGUGGACAGUCUUGCUCUCGGUGGAGAAGGACUCAUUAGAGAGACAUAUGCCACAGGGACGCCAAUGAAAUGCCAGAGAGGAAUCUGUUGGGCACCGAAAUCUGGUGUGGUCCAACGUGACCACUGAAAGACAUGAACACACAUUAUUAUGCCAACACACAGACACACAAAUCGCAAGAGAGGUGAGACCAAGCUCACACCAGCAAAAACUAAUUUACUUUAUGAUGUUCCCAUAUUACGUUUGUGUUGUUGUUGUGUGUAAUGUCAUCUCUAUUGUUGAUUAUACAGUAUUGAGUGUCUGAAUAACAGAAACUCUCUCGUCUCUUACACAAAGAGGACCGUGCCAAAAUAUGCAAGAGAAACAGCCGGAGGGCUUUGAGGACCAGUGCUAACCAGAGCUGUAUCAGAUCUCUCAAUCUGCCACCAGUAUCAGAAAGACACUAUGCGAGGGAGGGGCGAGAGAGAGCGAAAGAGCCGUGUGAAGUCAGUGUGUUGAUUAUGCUCUGCUAAAGCAUGCAGCAGGGAAAAAAACGAGUUAGCGCUUCGUUGUCUGUGAUGUGAUUGUUGUGCUGCGCUUCUGCGCACUAAUAAAAACACAGUUACCAACCAGACAUGAAAA